AUGAGUCUAUCGCUUGCGUGGGAGGUCAUUCAUUGCGUCUCAGCGCUUAAUUCUCAAUGGCUGGCAUCUGACAUCCACGUAAAGUGGCUGAAAAAAUAUUGCUUUUCCCUUUUCCUUUGCUAGAUAGAAUGCAUAUCGUAGACUGUUUGGUUAAAUUUCUACGUACAUCAACUUUUAAUUAAAUAGAGAUUGAUUAAUUUUUAAUCUUCACACUGGGGAAGUGAGCGUUCUCCCUUCAAGAAAAUGACGUUUCUGGAGCUAUCAUGGGCCACUGAAAUGAUUCCGUGAUACUAGUUUGAUACUUAAAGAGACUACGAGAAAUUAAGGAUCAAAUUACCACUUUAUAGUGCAGUGUUAGCCGCACGAAAUAUCUACCAAGAUAAACUACCUGGCCUGCUUUCCCACGCCAUAUUUCCUUGCUGGGCCGAUAUUUGACCGAGAAAAAACUGUACCUUUGCACUGACGGAGCUAGAUAUUAGAAAAAUGUACAUGUAUGUAUAUAAAAAUUCAUAACUCUUUAUGGGAAAACACGUUAUUUCUGUUACUGUCCGGGUUUCAUAGGAGUUAUUUACGUAGUUAGUCAGAGUUAGCCGUUACUGCCUUUUUUCUGUGUGGACUCUGCCAGCUGGAAGUCUAAAUCAUCGCUGCUUCCAACCUCUUGCAAAACCGUCAGCUCAUAGCGUGAUUUUUAAUCUCCGGUCCUAAUAUCUCUUCGUUACCGUCGUUUAUGCUGCAUCGAGGAUUUUCUGUAGCUUACUACGUACACGACCGUCUACGAUGGCACACCAAUAAUCUAAUUAUUAUAAAUACAUUGACAUGCUACUUCUCAACCAGAGACAAUCGUCUAGCACUGGUGCGACCGAACUGUAUUGCUCAUUUCGCGAGACAACUGAAAAACAAAUGGCGUUUACGUCAGGACGAAGCUCUUCUUGUCGCGGCUUAAGUUCAUUUGCGGAACAAAGGUAAGCUAACAUGAAUCAGCUUUAUGAUGUAAUUAAAAUAAAAUUUGUCAAGAACUAAUACCGUCUGGUAGAAGUGACUAAAAUAAUCGAAAGAUCCCGAAUUUUUACGGGUCCGUAAAUGUCAUGCAACAAUGUUACGCUGAAUGUAUUUGGGAACCAAACGAGUCAUUAAGCGGCAGACAGCUGUACUGUGGCCUGUCCUAUUAAUUUUGUGGUUGAAUUUUAACUAGCUGGCUUUUGUGCUUUUUCUUUCAACUCACAAACGACUGAAUUUUUUGGUUUCGUUUAUACUCUCGCGAACAAUAAAGACAAAAUUGGGCGCUUUUGUUUUCAUAAAUGGCUUCAAAAAGGCGGGUGCUGUAUCGCCUGAUGGUGCAAAACUGCUCACAAAAAUCACCUUUUUAACCUUGGCGUAGAUGAUAAAUUUACAAGUCAGUCCGAGAUGGGUUUUGUACAUGUUAAGCUCGCGGCGAAAUUAUAUGCUGAAUAAUUUAACCGACAUGUUUACAAAGCUACAAUGGGAAUAUUUAUCAAUUAAAACUUUACUGAUGGUUUUAUAUGAGCGUGGCAAGUCUCUGCGCCCGUUGUCAAAAUUGGCCAAUCACAGGGCGUUCUCGAGCAACUGCAAUGACUCCUCUUUGUUUUAAUUUUGUAUUAUUCAUAAAGGCGACUUUCUAACCUUGAUCAUAAAACUUGGAUGGUGGGAGAUGUUUGCACCUGCUGACGGCACGAAUCUCAGUUAUUAACCAGUCCGGAAAUUCGUAUUUCUUAAAGGCUUUUAGCGGCGGGGUUUAUAACUAACACUCCACAGGGAGAGAGAAAAAAAGUGGCGAAUUUUAAAACCGCGAUCGAGUUAAGCGUGGAUUUGUAUUAGAAAAACCGGAUGGCCUCGAAGACAAUUCAAACACUUUCGAAGGGAAGUGUAUCCCACGCGGAGAGUUAUGAACGACCAAGAAGGGUAUGCUCACGAAAGUCAUACUGCGAGGAGGAAACAGAUGACGAGCUAACUGCAGAAGAUGUCAAGCAAUACAGACCGAAAGGAGGAAGACGAAAAGAGUCGUAUUCAUUCAUAAUGCUGGAGAAAAAGCAGAGACAGAUAGCGCAAACACUUAGAUGGCUUGGCGAAAAUUACGAACUUAAGGAGGGUAUGUGUCUGCCAAGGUGUGUCAUGUAUACACACUAUCUUGACUUUUGUAGAAGGGGCAAACUUUGUCCAGCCGGACCAGCAACGUUUGGAAAGAUAAUUCGACAAAGGUUUCCAAAACUGACAACCAGGAGACUAGGAACUCGAGGGCAAUCAAAGUACCAUUAUUAUGGCAUAGUUGUCAAGGAAACGUCGGCUUAUUUUCACGCAGGUUAUUCCAAAAAAGGAUUGUCAAGAUUUUCAGGAAUGAAAGGGAAAGGAGAUGUGAACUCAAACCACAAGAAGUUUUCCCUUAGUUCUAAGUCAGGUACUCUGUUGCCAGAGUUUCCGAAGGCGAAUACCGUCCAACUACCAGACGGAGUUUCCAUUUACAAGGUAGAGACAUUCAUUAUGAUGUACCGAACACAUUGCCAGAGAAUGUUGGACACUGUUGUUAGCGCCAACUUUGAAGGAGUUCAGAACUUUAUCACCCACUUCUGGCAAGGAAUGCCGGGCCACAUCAUUUCAGUGCUGGAGUGUCCUGUGGUUGUUGAUAUUGUGGCCAUUUGUGACUCCAUACUAUACAAGGUUUUGACAGAUGUCCUAAUACCUUCAACCAUUCAAGAUCUUCCGGACAGCCUAAGAGAAGAGAUAACAGAGUUUGCUGAAAACCUGCUUGAUUGGUUAGACGAGUCUUUGACGGAAGUGCCGCUGGCAUUAAAAGAAGCAAAAUUUGAAGGUUAUCCAAUAUAUAACAGUACCCUCUCGCCAAUUUAACAUGUUUUGCUUUAAUCUUUGCAGGCAGCACGCUCAGCGUUGCUUAGCUACGAGGACGUUUCCCAGAUGUUGGGUGACUUAAGAAAAAUCGACUUUGCCCAAAUACUUUCCAAGAGUUUCUUCAUUAGUGGAAAUGCCGAAAUUUUUCACAAAGUCAAAACAUAUGUUGGUGAGUUGGAAAGUCUCCUCAGUAAACAGGCACCUUUAGAAGCUUACAUCGAAUGGCUUGACAGUGUAGUGGAUCGAUCUGUCCUCAAGGGAUCGGAAAUGAACAAAGACACGCCUUUUGAAGACAGAGCGAGGAAAUUCUUAGCCAUGUGGUCUUUCAUUACAGCACGAGUCCUUGCAGAUUUAACGUUAAGAAGCGCUCCAAGUUUUGGAGUUUUUCACUUGAUCCACACUGCUUUUGAGGAGUAUGUGUUCCUUGUGGUCGAAAACCAGAUGAUCGUCGAAAUGGACAAAAAGUUAAAUACCUCUCUUGAAACCCACAUCAAGAAAGAAAAUCCACCUUUGAUGCCAUCAGUAGAAUCAGAGCUUGAUAAACCCAAGGAGAACAUGCAACCAGAACACUGGCAGGAUAAAUCAAAAGACACGUCUCGAGUGAAAAAGCAGAAGAAUGCACUGGUCGGCUUCAUUCCUGCCACAAAACAAACUAUGGGGAAAGAUAAAAUUUCCCAACAGCAAUUCAAGAAAGUCCAUGCCAAUGUUUAUCAGCAGGAAGAGAAGGAGCACAACGCCACAUGUACGCCAAGUGUGACCUUUCCAAGCGAAGAGAUCUACCAGCCAGCACCGAUUAACAACCAACCUCGUCAACUGGGACAUCCAACACCUUUAAAUGCUCCUAUACCAAUGUCAUUUGCACCCCUACAGCAAUGUCGCUCCGGUAUUCAGACGCUACCGAUGGCCGACCUAGAGCCACCCCGAGACGCUGCUAAUGCCCCAGAAAUCAACGCAUUUCAAGGUGAUUUCAUCAAUGCUAUCGACAAGACGUUUCUAAGCUCAAGGAUCAAUUUAAACCCCGAUGACUACAUGGGAGCCUCGUGGGCUCAGAAUGAAGCUUCAAAUCUUACCGUGUUGAAUCCUGUAAACAUCCAUGAACACAACUCAGUUAACAACGGUGCGAUGAACUUCCUAGGGAAUGGGAAUUAUCCGGUCAGUUACGACAACGGUGUGCCUGCACUUAACGUUUAUUCCAGCGCCCAAACAAUGGCUUCAACUCCUCGACAACAGGAAAUCCCCUACAUAUCCCCUACUAAGGAUGACUUUGGCUAUGUGCCUAGCAUAACAAACAUUUACUCAAGAUAUAACACACCUAAUUAUGUUUAUGAUCCCAUGCGAAAUGCAGUGCAACCAAACGGAAAUGACAGCAUGAGUUUCAAUGGACUGCUCAACACGCCCGGUAGUUCCUUUGGCAUAGACAGUUUACCUGUACAUGAUAUUCAGCUAAAUCGAUUAGGAAUUGGUGCAGUUUAACAUUAUUUGGAGAAAACAACUUUCCUAUUCAAUGUU